AUGCAAUCUGUGAAGUCCCAGCACAUGUGCCCAUUUCCACAAAUUCCUAAAAUGUUUACCAAUUAACAACUAGUAAAUGUAGACUCUCUUUGUCUUCUCAAUAGGCUUGUGUGUCCAGUACUCCAUGUUUUUUCAUUAGUCCAUGGAGUAGUCACUUAACUGUUUAAACUGAAACCUCAUUGUAGCCUAGCCUAGACCUUUUUAACUUUCUUAUGAAGCUUAAGUGUGGUAAUCUUGGCUGACUAAGCUUCAAUAUAGAAUACAAAAAUAAGUUGUAUAGGACAACGUUUUAGCCUCAGAAGAAGCUUUUUAAGUAUCAUAGAGUACUUUGUUUUAAUGGCAACAAUAUCCGAUUUUGCGAUGGAAAAAAGACACAUUCAAUAACCCUUAUCUCAUUUUCAUGUCCUUUGCUGUGAACAGCUGAACAGCUACUAGUUGGGUUAAAGGUAAAACCUAACUAGUGGCAUCUACAUCAAACUUUCCAGAUUACCUCCCAUUAUACAAAUGUUUUCUGCAGGUAAACAGAAACCUUAUGAUAGUAAUGGUGGGGAAUGUAAAGUGAUCAGACGGACUGCAUCAUUAGAUACAAUUUAUUUAAAAGGACAAUGGCCACGAGAUAUUUUUUAUUGGAACAUUGGCAUGUUGCAAAUAGACAAAGCUACACAGACUGACGAUGCAGAUUGGGUAGAUUUAAGGAAGAUACACAGUAUAUCAGAACUAGAAGAUACUGUAGAUAAACUAGACUCGAGGCAGACAAUUAAGGGUACCAAAGAUAGUGCACGGAGGAGUUCUCCCAGUGAAAAUACACUUAGUUCCAGUUCACAAACAUACCCAUGGUAUGUUCUAUCGCCAGUAUCCAAAUCGCUCCCAGUGACCUUGAAACCCCUCCCGCGCUCCUCGAUCCGCAGCAGCGUGGAGGGUCUGAACCAGGAGAUCGAGCGAAUUGUACUGCGCGACGAAUCGGGCAGCACCCUAGUGAGGCCUCCUAGCGGUGGAGGGCACAGCAGCGGACGAUGCUCGGAGGGCAGAAGGGCUCCGCUGGCGGAGAUGUUUCAUGGCGAAGGUUGGCGGUCGGUGGACACGCAAACGCCGGGGGCUGAUGAGCGGCAAGGUAGCGGGUCGUCGGAAGGGAGCGAGACGUCCAGUCCCGACCAAGAAACGAACAGACUCGGCUCCUCUCCUCAAAUCAACCGAUUCCUCGCCCGGGAACCUCCAGACGGUUGCGAAAAGGUACAAUCCAAAUCCUUGGAUGAAAAAGGGUUGCCGAUCGAGUCGAUCGUAGCACCGCCUACAGCGUUUAAGUUGCGACCGAGUCUCGGUUCCGCUUUCCAGAUCCUUCAACAGGCCAGCCCCAGCAGCCAAGACGUGUCACUAGUGCCCCCCGACUUCGAGAAUAACUAGCCCCCCGUUUUAUGUGUCGUCGUCGAUUGUCGGUAUGUCGAGUGGUUGACGCAAGUUUAUCUGUGAUUUUUAGGGUGUAAGAAUAAAUUUACAUUACGCAGAGCCAGGAAACGAUACCUUGUUGGCUCUUGAAAAUUUGUCUUGUUAGAUGGAACACUCGGUGAGAUUAUUUUGGGUUCUGGUAAAGUAGAACAAAAUAUAGAUUCAAAUAUACCCAGGUCUCAUAAUGGUUGUGCAACCGCAAUACACCCGUGGUUCAAACAAAUUUGGGCUGCAUAUCGGUAGAUUGUCGUGUUUAAUGAGCGGUAAUAGGGAAAGCUAUAAGUAGAUCAACGGUUAUAAACAGACAAAAUGUCAAUUACUGAUUAGUUGUUUACAUUAAUAAACGUCAAAACCAUCUAGAUGCGACCUCCAGCCACACUAGUGCUCUGCAUAGCAGAAGCGAAAUUGGGCAUUGAUGUCAUUUGAAAAACCUCGUAAGUUAGCACUUAGUGAAGUAUGCCGAGCUUGCUAGAUAAUAUCCGAAUGGACCCUUAUGAAAAUUUUGAACACCUUGAUAUUCAUUGAAAGAAUUGGCAUAUGUCAAACAGGUUGUGCUAAGGAGGGCUGCGUUCGUAAAUUGCUACAGAGUGUACUAUGUAACAAUUUUAGCGUUCGAAAUUGUUUGACAUAUCAUUAGUUUGUCACUACAUGACUCUGUAAUAAUCUAGCCGUUCUAAAAAUAAUUAUUACAGUAUUCCAGAGUAAAUUUCAUCUGUCAUUCUACAUUCCAUUAUUGUGUACGGUAUCACGUUACCAAGUGUCGAUAGCGAGCGAUAUAGUCUAAUCAUAUUAGAGGAAAAUACCACUGGUUUGCGAAAUAAUUGUAAAGUCUGGUUUUAUUGCUGCAAGUAGGAUGUAUUCAAAACAUGGACGCAUAAAAUGGGUGGUACACCAAUUUUUGUAGGAAAAUUUUUUAUUCGACAACAAGGAAUGAGAAAACGUGUUUUUUGGGAUUCAAACGAAACUGUUGGCUGGAACGAAAAAACUCUUCAUAUAAGAUUUUUAGGUAUGAGACCUACAAAAUGACACCACACCUAACAAGAUCCGACUAAUAGCAAAAAAGGGCCGAAAACCGAGGCAAACUGCAGGUUUAGCACUUGCUGGUAAUUCGACGAUGGCUUCUCGCAGAUAUUUGAAAUUCUCCAAAUUCGUAGCAUUCGUACUUUUAAAUAACCACAACAAAAUUGGAGUAGAUUGGUCAAGUAGUUUUUUGAGAAUUUCCAAUUGUUUAUCCCAAAACAGUUGUUUUCCGGCCAUCACUACUAGUUUAUUGAGCAAUAUACAGAGUUAGUUCGAAGGGCAUUUUAUAGCAAAAUACACUAGAUUACCUUACCGAUAUGAAUCGCAAACCAUUUCGGAAGAUAAAUGUUAUUUUUAUGCAAAAACGGAUGUGUUAAGUUUUUUCUUCUAAACAAAUUCAAACAUUUCGUAUUUGUCAGUAAUUCACAACAAAAGAUGAUAGACACAUCUGCUUUGUUUUAAAAUAUGUAUAGUAACGUAUGUUUUUGGAAGAACGUAGCGCAUUUGUUCAAUUACUUCCAAAUACGAAAUGUUUGAAUUUGCUUAGAAGAAAAAAACGUAACCUUUGUUUUUCGCAUAAAAAUAACAUUUAUCUUUCGGAAUGGUUCAUGAUUCAUAUCGAACAGGUAAACACGAGUAUUUUGCUAUUAAAUGUUUUUUUGAACGAUCCCUGUAUAUUGCUCAAUAAACUAGUAGUGAUGGCUCGAAAACAGGUGUUUUGGGAUAAACAAUUAGAAAUUCUCAAAAAACUACUUGACCAAUAUAGUCCAAUUUUGUUGUGGUUAUUUUAAAGUAAGAAUCCUACGGACUUGAAGAAUUUCAAGUAGUUGCGUGAAAUUAUCGUCGCAUUGCCAACAAGUUCCAAAACCUGCAUUUUGGCUCGGUUUUCGGCCAUAACAUUUUUACUAUUAGUCGGAUCUUUUUACGUGUGGUCUCAUAAAUACCUAAAAACCUUAUUUGAAGAAUUUUUUGGUUCCUGACAACACUUUCGAUUGAAUCCCAAAAAACACGUUUCCUCGUUCUUUGUUGACGAAUAAAAUGUUUUCCACAAAAAUUGGUGUACCCAUUUCAUGCGUCCAUAUUUUAAAUACCCCCCUUGACCAACUUGCAUCAGUAAAACCAGACUUUUCAAUUACUUCGGGGAAAUUUGCUAGUAUGAUUAGCCUAGUAUUCAGACACUGAGCUAAGCUAUACUUCAUGCAGUGCUAGUUCUUAGCAACUAGAUGCAACUUGAGUGUAACCAUUCAGUCAGAAUCUUUUGGAGCAUUGCUGUUAUUCUUUUCUGAAGAAAUUGGUUUUUGGUAACUUUUCUCUAAUGUUGACCUCUUUCGAGUUAUAACCGACUUUUAGUAUAAAAAACCCUAAAAAUGGCCAUUUUCGAUAAUUAAAAAAAUAAUUUUAGAGGUUGUCAAUUGUCUAAAUAUCAAAGCCUAUGAACUACAUUUGAAGUAUUGGUUUAUUGAGGUAUUGCAAGUGGUAUGGGAUCUGGGCGUUGCUGUUGAAUAGUCUCAAGACUUUCGAUGGUCAAAAUUGUCAAUUAUAUUUUUGUAGGGUCUUUUAUGCCGGCAUUCUAAAUAUUUUGAAAUAGAUGUUAAUUCAUGUUUCAUAAGAACUAUGUAGCAAACUGAAAACUGCGAACGCUUUUAAUUUUUUCUUUACAUGGGUAAACAUGUAGCCAUCACUGGGAUCGAGGACGACUUUAUAUAUUUUUACAAUUAUUUUUCAUAAAUAUGUUGAUCCUACUGUCUCCUUUUUUAUACUAUUGUAAGAAUAAAAAUAUUUAUGGUCUACUAUGUGCAUCAUUUUGCCUUGCUGUUUCAUCUACUUCCUAAAGGUCAGAAGGAAAUGUCGCGGCCCAUUGACAAACUGUAAAUAAC